CCGGUGGUGUGUAUUCUGGACGACACCGUGGAGCACUAGUGACUGCCGUCGGUCUUGUCGCUCUCACUGCAAGGUUCUGCCAUCGUUCCACCCACUCAAGUUAGGUUCAAACUUUGCUUCACCCCUACAUAUUUAUUACGUUGGUUGCACAUGUCAUUACCAGUGAAACUCUUAGAUUUUAGUACUGGGUCUGUUGGCAGCACCCGUUUAUUGUCUUUCGAUUGGUCUUAACGUUGUAACUGUUUCGACCAUGUCUCUAUCCCCCCAGUUCAUGGAAGGCCUUUGGUUGCGGAAGUCAUUCUCUACAGCUGGUCAUACGUUACUAGUCUACGAUUAUCUCCUAACUUUUAGAGAUGAAUUCGUCUACAUCUGGGACGCUCCCUGGACAGUUGUCAAAGUUUUGUUUCUUCUCAACCGGUAUGGGAACCUUAUUGGACAGACUGUCAUUCAGCUGGAAGAGGCUGGUCUCCUCGUACAUAAUUCUCAAAAGUUCUGUCAACACUUUGUAAUUUUCACCACUUGGUUUAUGUUUGUGUCCACCGAGUCAAUCCACAUCCUCGUGCUCAUGCGUGCAUGGGCUAUCUGGGGAACUCGGAAACGCGCAACGAAGAUCCUUGGCUGGAGCUACGUGGGCUAUAUCCUUAUGCUGUUGGCCGGCUCAGCGCACAAUUUAAACGCCAGAAACAUGCAGUUUCCAUUCCUCGACGUGAUUCAUGUUUGUGUGACGACAAUGCCUGAAUAUGUGUGGUUGGUCUAUGUCGGAAGCUUUAUUCUCGAUACAGUACUCUUCGUCUUGACGAUGCGAAGUCUCCGGAGAUACUCUAGGGAAUUUCAGCAACUCUACCCAUCUAGUCUCCUUCAUGUACUCUUUCGAGACGCGAUCAUCUUUUUCAUCGCUAGUACGUUCAGUGAUGCAUUGACUGUCGCCUCUUGGACUGCAUUCGGGCAUGUCAGUAUUCUGUAUCCAUAGCAGUACAUCAUUCUUUCUAACUAAUUUGCAGAAUCCAAAAUAUUUCC